AGGUCCGAGGAACAACCAGCUGAGAAAAGGCCAGCUUAUGUGCAUAAAGAAGGCAGUAGCAGAAGGACAAACAGAACACACCAACAGCCAACUCGUGCGUAUGAAGAAGGUAGAAGCAAAGGGACAAACAGAUCAACUCAACAGAGACAAACAUGGAGAAAGAAGAGCAGAGGUGAGGAGUGGUCAGGAAUUGAAUUCAAGGUCAAGGAAGAAGACUAUGAAUGGCUUCGCGGUUGCUAUGUCGUUGGUAUUAAUGGACUGUGAGGAGAAGGAAGAGCUAAGGGACUUAGUACAGGGAGCGGCAGACUGGCUAGGCCAAUGGUUCAUAGAUAUUCAACCUUGGACACCUAUAGCAGUGGCAAAGGAAAGGUUUGUAUGGUUGAGAUGCCAAGGAGCUCCUCUUCAUGCUUGGGGAUUCUUAAUAUCCAUGCAAAUCAUGAAUACAAUAUCUGUCAUGCGGAGAAUCAAAGUGAAUGGAGUCAUGUAUGAUCUGAAAUUCACGGAAGAGGAGCUGGUAAAUAGCUUGUUUUCAACAAGGCACGAUUUCAAGCCAAAUUUCAGCACUGAUUCAGAAUAUGAGGAAUCAUGGACGGACUGCAAUGACUUGGAGCUCAACCAUGAAGAAAACGACUGGGGUGUUGAUCUGGAACAGCUCACCGGUGAUGGAGAAGAAGAAGGAGAAAACAGGGAUUUCAGCCAAUUUGACAAAUGGUCGUCUGCCAAUCCAAGAAACGAGGUGGAAUUUGAAUUUGAAGAAGAAAAGGGUGAUGUGAAAGGACACAAGCUGGUGGAUAGCUUCCCCUCUAGCUGGCUAGGUGAAGAACAAUCAGUGGAAGUAGUAGCUGACAGUUUUGACAGGUCUACGGAAGCUAGUGAAUUAGAAGGUAGAGUUGAGGCUGGUUUAUUUGAAAAUAGUCCACAAAAUGAGCUGUCUACAAACCCUAUUGAGAGUUCAGCUGGCAAUAACUUGGGCCUACAACAUAAGCCCAACUUAGAGGCCACAUGCCAAGCCCAUGACAAUGAACAACAAGUGGGAGGGCAGAUAUGGGCUAACCAGACGAAUGAUACAACCAAAGGUAUGGAAAAUGAGUCCAGAAUUGAGCAAGAAUCUGUUCCGCAACAAAAGAACAGAUCUGCAGUAAAAGAGAAGAAAGCAUGGCGAGAAGAUAUCCUAAAGUUUCAGCCGGGCAUGAACAAUGAAGUUGCAGGGGGUUCUGUGGUAGAUAGUGGUAUACAGAAUCGAAAUAGAUUGUUGAAGGAACACCCAAGUCGCAGAAUUGCAGAGGAGCUGUGGGAUUUUGCUAGGAAAAUUGGGGUUGUUGCUGAAAAUGAGGAACAAAUCAUCAACAAGCUUGAUGAAAUGGAGGUGCGUGAUAGAAGAGCAAAUGAAGCGGACUGCUCAAAAGAUUCAAAGAAGAAACAGAAGCAUAUUGACUGGGGGCCUAAGCCAUUCAAGUUUUUCAAUGCAUGGUUUCAACAAGAAGGUUGCAUGGAGUUGGUUAAAGAGGUGUGGGGGUUGGCAAACAUUCAAGGAUGGGUAGGGUUUCAACUUAAGGAAAAGCUGAAAUUGACAAAGGAAGCUUUGAAAAGGUGGAGCAAAACACUUCUCCCAGUUAUUGAUGCCAAAAUAAACAAGACUACUACAGAGAUAGCACAAAUUGAUAAGAAGGGGGAAGAGAAAUCUAGAAAGGCAUGGUUGAACCUUGGCGACGCCAACACAAGUUUCUUUCACAAGUGCAUCAAGGGGAGAUGGAGAAGAAAUGAAAUGACUUCUAUACAAAUCAAAGGAACACAAAUUCUGUGUGCCAGCAGAAUGAUGGAGGAGAUUGCUUCCUUUUUUGAAGACAUAUUCAAAGAAGAACAGUGGGACAAACCAAAGCUAGAAGGGGUGAGCUUCAAGCAGAUUUCACAGUUAGAAAAUGACCAUCUGGUUGGAGCUUUCAGUGAGGAAGAGAUAGAUGCAGCGGUGCGGGAGUGUGACAGCUCAAAGGCGCCUGGACCAGAUGGAUUCAAUUUCGUCUUUGUCAAGAAUGUGUGGGAGCUAAUAAGGGUAGAUGUAAUCAAAUUCUUGCAUGAAUUCCAUAAAAAUGGUAAGCUGGUUAGAGGACUUAACACAUCUUUCAUUGUCCUUGUGCUGAAAGUGGAUAACCCACAGAAGAUAGAGGAAUAUAGACCCAUUUCCCUCAUUGGCGUAAUGUAUAAAAUCCUUGCAAAGCUUCUUGCUAACAGGUUAAAGGUGGUCCUUGAUGGGAUUGUCGGUGAACAACAGAUGGCAUUUAUUAGAGGAAGGCAACUAAUGGAUGGAGUAGUGGUAGCAAAUGAGGUGAUUGAUGAUGUAAAGAAGAAGAGGAAAGAGACAUUCUUGUUCAAGAUCGACUUUGAAAAGGCAUAUGAUAAGAAAGGGUUAUUGGACGGAGUAGAGGUGGGGAGCAGAGGCUUUAAAGUUUCUCACCUACAAUACGUGGACGACAAAAUUCUCUUUGCUAAAGCUAAAGAGGAAAAUGUGUGGGCAAUGAAGGGUGUCUUGAGAGCUUUUGAACUAGUCUCGGGCCUAAAGAUAAACUUCAACAAAAGUCAUUUGAUUGGCAUACAUGUGCAAGAGAGCUGGCUCAACAAAAUGUCAUGGGUGCUUUGCUGCAAAGUUGGGGUUUUUCCAUUUAAAUAUCUGGGCAUCCCCAUUGGAGGAAGCAGUAGAAAUAAGGCCUUUUGGAAACCGCUAGUGGAAUUAUUGUCUACAAAGCUAUCUACAUGGAAGGGUCGGUACUUAUCUCUUGGUGGACGGAUUACCCUUAUUAAUUUAGUGCUAUCCAGUCUUCCUGUGUUUUGGAUGUCGAUGUAUCUCAUCCCAAAAGGUACGAUUCUUUCACUUGAUAAAAUUCGUAUAGGUUUCUUAUGGGGUGGGGCUGUAGGAGAAAAGAAAAUAAAUUGGGUGAAGUGGGAACAGGUCUGCAAAGGUAAAAAACAGGGUGGUUUGGGGGUUAAGGAUUUGAGAAAAUUUAAUAUAGCCCUAUUAGGAAAAUGGUGGGGGAGGAUAGUCAUGGCAGAUAAAGGGCUCUGGAAAAAGGUUAUUGCGGAGAAGUAUGGUCGGGUAAGGGAACCAAGCUUCAAUUGGUUGAGGGAGAACAUGAAUUUCGGCUCAUCUUGGUGGAGGGAUUUAAGUAGAUUGAAUGAUAUUGACAAAGAGAAGAAAGGAUGGUUAGUGGAUGGGCUGGAAUUAAAACUAGGGGAAGGGGUAGACAUUAGAAAGGACUAUAAGAUCUCACAAAUGGGAGGUUGGCACAAUGAUAUUUGGAAGUGGAGUCUACAAUGGAGAAGGUCCCUAUUUAGCUGGGAAGAACAUCAGGAAUUGGAGCUAAAGGAGAUUAACGAGAAAACAAUUGCAAGAGGGAGACCAGAUCAAAGGAUAUGGAUUCACAGUAAAGAUGGUAGUUAUACAACCAAAUCAGCAUACCAGAUACUUGCAGUAGAACACAGAAACAGCCAGCAGGGGUUGGCUCUACAAAAAGUAUGGAAUCCACUUAUACCGAGUAAAAUCUCAGCAUUCUCUUGGCAAUUGCUACAAGGUAAAAUUCCAACCAAGGAUAAUCUGAUGAAGAGAGGCGUGAUUAAGGACCCAGGCAAGUGCAGAUGUGAAUUAUGUGGUGCAGGGGAGGAGAAUUCCAGCCACCUUUUUGUUCAGUGCAAAGUGGCACGUGAUCUAUAGACAGCUUGCUACAAAUGGUGGGGAAUUAAAAUAGUAACUGAUAGAGAUUGCUGGAGAUUUUUUGAACAACACUCCAGUAUGCUGGAAACAGUGGUGGUGAAGCAGGGAUGGGAAUGUAUAUGGUUUGUAGUGAUAUGGACAAUUUGGUUGGCUAGGAAUGAAAAAUUGUUUAGGGG